GAUAGAUAUCAGGCCUGCAGGAAUAAUAUUGAGUUAACGCGUGAUAAACCGCUUUCGAUUUUAUGUGGUGCCGAUGGAGUCCGAGUCAGCAGAGUUUGCGUGUCAAAGUUUUGUCAAAGUUCGCGUCAAACUGAAACGUCCCCAAUUUAGGACUUGCUUUGUUCUAGCACCGAUACAUCUCUUCAUAUGAAUGCAUGGCUUCCUUGAGCAAAAAACGCAAGGAACUUUCGCAAUCUCGCACCAUCGUUGAUUUCUUCUUAAAUAAUGCGCCUACAAAGAAAAGCAAGCUUCAAAAUCCCCUUCCCAAGACGAACUUGAACAAGAAGAAAUUCAAAGCUUCCUUAUCUCAGGAGAUCAUCAUUAUAGACUCAGAUAGUGAUGAUUGUACAACGAAAAGAGACAAAGGGAAGAUGCGAGCAAUCUCAGGUCCCCAGAAACAGCACGCUUCUCUGGAAGGGGAAAAGGGGAACCUCCGUGAUUCUAAUGAAUGCGAGUGGAAGCCAUCUCUCACACGUGUCGCUCUGUCAAAUCACGAAGAACCUCAUGAAGAUGAACUCCCCACAUUUGGAAAGCCCUCCGCUUUAUUACAAGUUCCCGUUCAGAGCAGCACGAACGCCGUAGAAUGGAAGGAGACUUUACCCCAGUCGUCGGGCAUUAAAGCCACUUCCAGCACCUCCAUCUUUGGUGUUCCGAAUUUGUUACUUCGGUCCUCAGUCGAGCCCGCUCAUGAGCUACUUUGUGAAGGAAUGGCAUCUACGAAUGUCGGUGUUCCUAAACCCUGCAGGGAUCCAGGAAAUAUACCACAUUCUAUUAAUGUGAUAGACGUCAAUUUUACAGGUGACGAUGAGCAAUGGGGUGUUGGUGACGAUGAGCUGGCCAUCCUCGAAGCCGCUAAUGAUGACAUUGAGAUGAAGUAUGUCUCGGAACAAUCCAAUGACUACAUCCAACCUGCUAGCUGCCCUAUAUGCAAACUCGAUAUAUCACGUUUACUUGGCUUGACAACACCAUGUCAAUAAAUGUCUCGAUUCCACCGUCAGUUCCUCAGGCGCAAAUACUAUCGCAACUUCAGAUUUGAAUGUCCCAUGCAAACCAAGUACAAGUAAACUUGAAGAUAUCCCUAACACCGACUUAUAUUCCGUCCUAAUGGCGUCCUAUAAGGAAACUGAAGCUUGGAAAGAAGCAGAUCUCGCAGAGGAUCGUAGCUUUCGACCAACUCGAGCACCAGGCAGCCGGCGAAAGGCACCAUUCUACAAAGUUCUGCAAGGAAUGCCCAUCGCCGUUGAUGCGUUCCGCUAUGGAACCAUACCAGGCGUCACCGCCUACUUUUUAACGU